CAAUUCCAAAGCCAUAAAUCCAUUACAUCAAAUCCACCUCUUUCUAUCCCCCCCUCCCCAACCACUACAAUUUCCUGCCGUUCGCUCCUCAGCUUUCUGCAGUUUCCGCAGCUACCCAAACACCUGCUCGAACCUUAAUUUCCUUCCCUCAAUUUCCUUCCAAUUUUGCUUCAUAAGUAUCAAUUUCCCAUUCCCUUUCGCACCUCAACUUUUAUCCCUGCGAAAUUCAAUUCCCCAUUUCUAGGGUUUCUGUUUGUAUUCUUUUUCUUCACCUUCAUUCAUUCCCAUGAAAUGAUCGUGGAUUACGAGGACCGCGGUGGGGGGGAUGAUUCUGAUUCCUGUUCUAAGUCGAUAAACGAGACGGUGAAUGGGUCCCACCAUUUCACCAUCAGGGGUUACUCCCUCGCUAAAGGUAUGGGUCCCGGGAAGUACAUAACUAGCUACACAUUUACAGUGGGCGGUUAUGAUUGGGCCGUUUAUUUCUACCCUGAUGGUAAGAAUAUUGAGGAUUCUUCCACGUAUGUCUCUGUUUUCAUCGCCCUUGCUAGUGAGGGCACUGAUGUCAGGGCACUGUUUGAGCUGACUCUAUUGGAUCAGAGCGGGAAUGGGAAGCACAAAGUUCAUAGCCAUUUUGAUCGGGCGCUCGAGAGCGGCCCAUAUUCUUUGAAAUAUAGAGGAAGCAUGUGGGGUUACAAACGAUUUUUCAGAAGAUCAGUUUUGGAAACCUCUGACUACCUGAAGGAUGAUUGCCUGUCUAUGCGCUGUACUGUUGGAGUUGUGAGAACUCGUGUCGAAGGACCCAAAGAUUAUAGUGUUUCUGUUCCUCCAUCAGACAUGGGCCAAAGUCUCAAAUAUGUGCUGGAUGCUGAACUUGGUUGUGAUAUUGAUUUCCGUGUUGGCGAAGAGACUUUUAAGGCUCAUAAGUUGAUACUAGCUGCUCGUUCUCCUGUGUUUAGAGCCCAAUUCUUUGGGCUUGUGGGGAAUCCUAAUUCAGACAAAGUAGAACUUGAGGAUAUUGAGCCCUCAAUUUUCAAGGCUAUGCUCCAUUUCAUUUACUCUGAUGAGCUUCCGGAUUUGCUUGAAAUUGCUGGCUCUACUUCAACACGAACAUCUACAAUAAUGAUGCAGCAUAUAUUGGCUGCAGCGGACCGCUUUGGUUUAGAUAGGUUGAAACAGUUAUGCGAGGCUAAAUUAUGUGAAGAAGUGAAUGUGGAUACAGUGGCUACGACUCUUUCCCUUUCGGAGCAGCAUCAAUGCCUACAGCUUAAAGCCAUAUGUUUGAAAUUUGCAGCAACAAACUUGGGAGUUGUCAUGCAGUCAGAAGGAUUUAAGCACUUAGAAGAGAGCUGCCCGUCACUGUUGUCAGAGCUACUGGAAACAGUUGCAUCAGUUGAUGAGAAGGCGACUGUGAUGUCUAGCAAGAAAAGGACUAGCAGCAGCAUCUUUGGGUUGGAUCUGGCAGCAGAUGGUGCUGCAGCAGAAUCUGUUAAUCCAAAUGCUAGGCGUGUGCGAAGACGGAUGUAAUCUUAUAGUAGUCUUUUGAGUGCAAAGCAAGCUUCUUGGUAGAAAAUCUGCUACUAGAAAACUCACCUAAUGAUUAUGGUUAUGUUAGUCAAUUCGUUGUUACCGGGAUGUAGGAACAGUUCUAAUGAGCUUAAGUGAUAUAACUUUUAAUGUUAGCAUUAUUGGUUUUGUGUCGUUGAUCCAAACAACCUAAGGGCAGGAUAUGUGGUCUAUAAUGUAUCUUGUUAUCUUUUUGACUACCCGAGCUACUUGUUUCUGUAGGACACAGCGUUAAUGAGUAUGUAACGAGUUCCCCAUAUAAGUGAUGCCCGUAUUAUUGUUUUUGCUCAGUUUUGAUUUUAUUGAUGUGUGUGUGUUUGUCUGUGCAGGGGCGAAACCACCUUUUGUUAAGGGUUGACCACCCUUAGUCGAAAUAUUACGAAAAAUUACACUAUGUAUAUAAGUAAAAUAUUGAUUUUAGAUGUAUAAAACUUAUAUUGAACACCCUUUGUCGGGAUUUGUUUUUACUUUUUUCAAGUCUGAACAUCCUUGGAAAAAUUUCUGGCUUCGCCACUGUGUAUGUGGGUAAUUUGAAUGUCUGAUGCUAUAAUAACUUCUUGGUUUAUAAAUAAUACUGAAAUCACCAUAUGAAGUCCUUUUAUCGCAAUAGGAAAAGCAUGCGUGCGAAUGAAAGACGUUGACUUGAAAAACUUUCCAAGAGAAGGAAACUGUGUGAUGACUAUAGCUUUGCUGUGGCAUAUGACAAGGAGCCUAGUAGUGAAAGCAUUUCAAAAUCGCCUGAAAAGGGAAUCAAGAGAGAUAUUAUGACCUCUCCCACAAUCUCAGGAGUUGGGUUUCAGCAUCAGAUAGAAAUCAUCAGAAGUAUCUUACUGGUAAGAGACUUAAGAUUUGAGUUUGGGCUGCAUUUUGCCACUUUUGUAUCGUUUUCUUUCUUUCUGGAUUAGACACACUUUUUUCUCGAAAAAGCUUUUGACCGGAGUCGAAUUUUCCUUUCUAGUAAAAUUUAGCAUUAAGUCUUUCAAGGUGCCACAGCUUUAUAUUAAGGUUUCCUGAAAUGGAAGCAAUUGGUUCGCUGAAGGUAUUUCACAGGCACUCUAUUUUUUUCCCGUCAAUCUCAGAUGCAUUGUGAAAUCUAGAAAAUCUUCGAUCUUUAAUCAAGAUUGCUGGACUUUAUGCAUCUAGGAAUUCUAGUAUUAGCUGUAGGGAUUCGAUGUAUACACAAUUUAUGUUAACACUGGACCACUAAUAAGAUGAUCGUAUGUGCAAAUGUUAAGAGCAAAUAGGUAUGUUCUUUUUCUUUCAAUCAGGAGCAACUAGAUUUGUUUUUGAGAAGUUCACUCAGGUCAGAGAUGACAAUAGAACUCUACAGCAGGCUGGUAUUUCGCAGAAUGGCAAUCUUCACUUUGUAGCCUUGUUUUCACGAAAGGUCCUCCAUCAUUGUGAUCCCUAAAGAUGAUACUCCUGCUUAAGCAUUAUACAUUACAGAUCAAGAAUUAUCUAGGUAUUGUUGGGAAGAUGAGUACUUGUAUGCUUUUGAAUAAUGAUGCUUUGCAUAGUUAUCAAAAAGAAUAGAGAAAGAAAUGUUACAAUAGGUUUUGGCUAUUCUAUGGUUCGCUGAUGGUGUCUAAGUAGUCAUUUUUAUAUUCAGGCGUCCACCGAGACCUAUCUUAGAAUUGGGGCCUCCCAAUCCUUUGUCAGAUCCUCCAGCAACUAAGUUGGACAAGCAUGAUGAGAAGAACCAUAAACUGGAGAUUUCAUCUCUUACAAAUCCGAUUGAUCAAUCAGCUGAUGAUACUGUUCCAGAUUCUAAAGCAUUGGCCAUAGUUCCGCCUGUAAAUGGAAAGACACUUGCCGUGGUUCCUGUCAAUCAUAAAAAUAGACUUUCUGAGCUUUCACAGCGUAGAACAAGGAGGCAAUUCUCAGUCACUUAAGUAGAAGCACGAAGCUGUAGAACAGCUUGGAACUGGAAGGUAUGAAAAUAUUAGGGUUAUCAUCACGAGCGAUGAGAACAGUUCGAAAUUGUAAGUUUCAUGGUUGAUCUGCAUUUCAAUCGUUGGUAAUG